AUGAAAUCAAAUGAUUGUGUUAAUAUAAAUGAAAUACUUAAAGUCAUUGAGGAUAAGGAUAUUAUAAAAUUUGGAGAAUUAUUGGCAAAUUUUAACUCACAUAUUAAUGUUAUUGUAGACCCAAAUGGACAAUCUUUACUUCAUUAUGCUGCAUUAUCAAGUUAUGAAAUUGUAGAAGAGUUAUUAAAUAGAAAUAGUUACCCAGAUGCAGUUGAUCAUGAUCAAUGGACUCCAUUAAUGCUAGCUUCAAAAGCUGGCCAUGCAGAUAUAUGUAACAUACUAUUAAAACAUGGGGCUGAUGUUGAUCAUAGAGAUCUAGGUGGUUGGACAUCUUUGAUGUGGGCAUGUUAUAAAGGUAGAUUUGAAGUGGUAAAUGUUUUACUCAAAUAUCAGGCAGAUAUGAAGAUACGUGAAGAACAUGGAAUGUCUCCAAUAAUGUGGGCUUCAGGAAGAGGUUAUUCUGAUAUAGUGGAAAGCUUAUUAAAAUCUGGUGCCAAAGCUCAAUCAGUUGAUAAAUUCAAUUCAAGUGCCUUACUAUGGGCUUGUCGUAAGGGUUACAAGGAUUGUGCAAAACUUCUCAUAGAUGCAGGAGCUGACCUUGACACUGUCGGAAUGAAUGGGUGGACCCCUAUCUUAGCAGCAACUAAAGGAAACUACGUUAAUCUUGUAAAACUAUUGCUAGAACAUAACCUCAACCUAAAUCACCGUGACAAGGAUGGUAUGACGGCAAUGGCAUUAGCUUCCAAUUACGGAUUCGUUGAGAUAGUGGAUAUGCUUUUAGCCCGCGGUGCCCACGGGGCCCUUUCGAAUUUCCAUAACGAUACCUGCCUUAUCUUAGCGUGCAAAAAUGGACAUUACCCCGUUGCCAAUACGCUUUUAGCCCAUAAUUUAGGCACCGACGCUCAAGGAUACAAUGGUAAAACUGCUUUAUAUUGGGCCGCCGAGAAGAAUUACAACGAUAUAAUCAUGCUGCUCCUAAGGAAUAAAUGCGAUAUGGAAAUCGUUAACGAAAAUGGCGAAACGGCGUUACUCAGGGCCAUUCACAAUAGAAACUCUGUCGCCGUUCAGAUGCUUAUAGAUGCUGGUGCCGACGUUGGCAAACCUGAUAAAAAAGGGGACACGGCCCUCCACAUCGCCGUGAGGAUGAGAAGCAAGCACCUGACCGAAAUGUUACUCAGAAACCCUAAAAACAGCAAACUUCUUUACGUACCAAACAAUGCGGGUCAGACGGCUUACAAUAUAGACGCCCAAUCGGCAAACGCAUUCCUUCCUUACCUAUUUGGGGCUCAACACCUUAAAACGUUCGAUUAUACCGAAAAUAUGCUCGGAUACGAUUUAUAUAGCAGCGCGCUCUCAGAUGUGUUGUGUGAUCCCAUGCUUGGCUUGCCUCUAACUGUUGGCCUCUACGCCAAAUGGGGAAGCGGAAAAUCAUUUCUACUCAAAAAACUGCAAGAGGAAAUGAUAACAUUCACCGACAACAUUCUUCAACCUACCUUUCAUCUGACAAAUUUUAUUAGCCUGAUAUCGGUCUUCAUCUGUAUGGUACCUUCCCUUUUCCUUGGGGUCAUAAUAUCCUGGGUAUACGGAUUUAUCUUGUUCAUAGCACUGCUGAUUCUUAUUUUCACCUUUUACGGCUUUAUUUUGAUUUCCAAGUAUUUUGGUUGGGAACGAAUAACUAAACUCAAUUUAAUGUUGGCAAUAAAAUUUGAAAAACUCAAGCUGUUUUUUCAGAUUAUAUAUUGCAAUCCCUCCACCGAAAAUCUGGAAGAAAGCAUACCUCAGGGAAUCAGGUUCUUAUUCACCGAUUACGCUAAGCUUACCACUAUGGGAGGCGAGAAAUCGCUCGCUGGAAUGGUUGCUACUUUAUGCCACGUUGCUGAAAAAGAAUUUGGGCUACUGACCGUUCGAUUUUUUAGAGUUUUUCACCCAAAAAUUAACGACAAGUUGCGUACUAAAACAUGCUUCUUUAUUCCAAAAUACAUCGUCGCUAUGAUCGUUGCCCUCUCAUUGGUCUCUUUAAUUGCCCUGGCUUUUAGAUGCUUGUGGUUGGGACAACGGAUUGCGGAUAUAGAUUCAAACGCCUUUAGAGCCAUCUUGGGACUUAGCUGCAUUGUCGUCAUUGCUUUUAUAGCCAAUAUCCCAGUUUGGAAGAGACUUUUUCAAUUUUCCUUUUAUUCUCAAGCCAAGAGGGUCAUGAAAUCCGCCGACUUAGAUCCGAACAAAUUAGAGGGCUUUAUGCAAAAAGUCAAAAUGGAGGUUAACCACCUAGUAGAUCUAGUUCAAACCAUAGAUUUAUUCACGAAUCGCCAUACUCGCCUGGUCGUCGUCAUAGAUGGACUCGAUAGUUGCGAACAAGACAAAAUAUUGCAAGUUUUGGAAGCGGUUAAAACUCUAUUUUCGGAUACUAAGGCUCCUUUUAUCACCAUUUUGGCUAUAGAUCCUCACAUAAUCAUAAGAGCCAUAGAAUCUAAUCUAAAUUCGGCAUUUCAAAAAUCAUCCAUAAAGGGUUACGAUUAUUUGAGGAAUGCUGUGAGCUUGCCUAUCUUCUUGCAAAGACAGGGGCUAUUGCAAUUCUGCAUCGGUAAGGGAGUAAACUCCGAUACUCGUUACAAAAAUUUUUACAAAAAAUCAGGCCUUAGCCCUGUUUACUCUUCUUCAACAUUAGCAGGACCUCACACAGCCAGUCUUAAAUCUAAGCCUAUCAAUCAAAUUUCGUCAAAAUUCCAGCUACCUUUCAAUCAACUCAAGGGACCUCGUUCUAGCUUUACAGGAAGUGUCAUAAGUUGCUCGCAAGGUUACAAAGGAUCUUCUCUCUUAGUCCUUUCAUCGACAGCGCCCGAAGAUUUGAAGAAAAUUUUUACGAAUGACCAUUAUUUUAGCGAUGUCAAUCCCAGGAGUCUAAGACGGUUGACCAAUAUAGUUUACGUUUCUGGUCGCUUGAUGAAAGCAUUCAGCAUAGAUUUUCAAUGGGUUAGACUCGCCACUUGGGUUAACAUGAUCGAACAAUGGCCAUACCGAUCCUCUUGGAUCAUACUGUAUUUCGAAGAGAAUGAACAUUAUUUGGAUAAUCAAAUCACUCUCAAACAAAUUUAUGAUUGUGUUUCCCCAUUCAUACCUUCCUCGCGGGAGAUAGAACCUUUUUUAGAAUACGACAAAAACGACGUCAAGCUUGUCUAUAUGCUCUCAGGCUCUAACGUUAAAUUAUUGGUCGCUGAUAUGAAACUAUUUCUACCCUUCAGUGUUAACCUUGAUCCCUACAUUAAGAAAGUCAUUAGAGAGCACAUAGGAGACAUUCUUAAACAUAAACCAAUUGCUAGUGGUAGUAUCAAAGAAUUGGAUCCUAGUGAAAUACAAAAGGCCAUAAUCAAUUCCUCUCAUAUCAGUGAUCAUACUCGCAUUCCUAAGAGUAAUAAAUUUUAUCCUGAGCUACUACCAUCGGAUAACGAAAUGGAUUCUUUGGAAAGAGAAAAUUUAAUUCAAGUUGAAAAUGUAUCUCACAUCCAAAAUCUGAACACCGAACAGAGAGUUAUUAUAUCUUCCUUGUUCGAAAACUUAAAAAUCUCCAAAAAACCGGCUCAACUAACUUCUACGGAUAUCUCGGAUCUCAUGGCCCAAAUACCGGAUUUGAAUGAUGCGCAGGAUUUAAAGAACUAUCAAAAUAUCGUCAAAAAAAAUAAUAUAAAUGGAUUCGUUCUUCUGACCUGUGAUAAACAUGAAUUACAAAAAAUUUUACCUAUGAAUUUUGGGGAUUGGCACAUCUUUAUGGGAUUCAUAUUAUAUUUGCGUUACCUCGCUAAUUCCACCUUGCCACAGCCUGCAAAUUUACCUAACAAAAGUAGUUUGAUCGAGAACAAUAGAUUUCUUUACGAUGCUGCGAAUAUAGAACGAUUGAGAGGAGAUCAUAUGAUUCAGAGUUCUGAGAGCCAUAUUCCUGGUAGGCUUCAUAACGAUCUCUCCAAAACAUCCAUGUCUCAUAUCGAACGAGAAGUCGAACAAGAACAGGAGCUAUUAAGUGCUGCUAUUUCAAAAUUCGAAGAAAAUGAUAUCAACAUGUUAGAUUCGGACGCCGAAGAAGAUUAUGAAAACCAAAAUGAUGAAAUAAAUACUUCAGCCGUUUCUAAGGAGAUAUCUCCUAUUCAAUCUUCUGCUCCCACCCAUUAUUUUAGAAAUUCCAUCAAUUUGCCCUAUUUCAAAAAUUUUAAGAAUCCCAAAAAAUUUAGCUUAUCUAUCCCUUCAACAAAUACUCUCAAUGAAUCCAUCGAUGAUUCUAGAACCGAAAAUACCAAAAGGGAGCUGAAUAAAAAAAGGCUUGAACCCCGCGAUUUUAACUUUCCCUCUAACAAUCAUUCCGAAAAUUUCCCGCUUCUAAAAUACGAACAAAGGCCUGAUACCUCUAGUGAAACGACUACCAUCCAUUCUCCCGACCUCGAAACAACUCAGAAAGAAUCCGAAAAUGAAAAAAGGUCAUCAGACCGGCUCUCUAUGAGAAAAGCUUCCAUGAAGGAAGAGGAAUUAAAUUUGAUAGGGAAAGGCGAGAGACUUAAAAAAAAGAUUAAAACCCACGAGGAAGAUCCAGCAUUUGCCAGUCUCGAUUAUUGCCCACAGACCGUUAUGCACCUCACGAGGAAGGAAUCUAAAGUCAAGGACAACUUGGAGCGGUUGCAGUAUAGGAAAAACAGUUUGGCUUUAAAUUCUGAAAAUAUUCCGGCCAUUCAACCUAUCCUAAAUUCUGACAAUCCGGAGAGUAAUAUUAAUUCUGCAUCUUCUUCAUCUACUACCUCCACAUCUAGCAACUCUCUACAGGCUACUGAUAAACCUGUAACGGACGACGGUACUAUGCAAGAUAAUUUAGCAAAAACUGAACAAAUUACUUCUAAUGUCGAAAAUUCUGAAGUUGUAGGGAAGAAAGCAACACUCGGUUUGAUUGAUUUUAAAAGUGACAAGGAAUCAGUUCAUCCAUCGCAGACAGAAAUAAAAAAGAAAUAUUCGAAAUCUGAUCCCAGGAUCGAUAUAAUUAAUGAUGGAAGCAAUAACGUUGUCAUUAUUCAACCUAAAGACUCAAACAUUAGCGCCGGACCGCUUAAAAGUGCUCGAUCGGUGAAAAGUUUAAAAAAAUCAUUUUUAGAUUGGAUUUAGAUAUUCCCAAAAUGCAUGGCAGUCUUAAUGGAUCAUCAUCAUUGCGUUGUGAUGAAUUACCAUUUUUCAAUGAUAUUUUGAAUAUUGUAUUUAAUUGUGAUGAAUCUCCCAAAUUUCCCCAUUUAUACUUUUUUUUUAAAAAGUAAUUAAGAUCUAUAUAAUUUUUUUUAGUCAGUUUUGUGAAAUUAUCAUAUUACUUUGUAAUCAUCUUGUAAGAUGUGUUAUAUAAUGCAAAUUUUUAUAAAAAAUAUCAAUAUAUAGUAAAAAAAAAUUUUAGGAAUUAAUUUCGACAUUAUAAUCAUGCCCAGGAUCUUGU